AUGUCGCUGCUGAGCCUGUCUUGGCUGGGCCUCAGGCCGGUGGCAGCAUCCCCGUGGCUGCUCCUGCUGGUGGUCGGGGCCUCCUGGCUCCUGGCCCACAUCCUGGCCUGGACCUAUGCCUUCUAUCACAACUGCCGCCGCCUCCGGUGUUUCCCGCAGCCCCGGAAACAGAACUGGUUUUUGGGUCACCUGGGCCUGGUCACUCCCACAGAGGAGGGCUUGAGGGUCCUGACCCAGCUGGUGGCCACCUACCCCCAGGGCUUUGUGAGGUGGUUGGGCCCCAUCACUCCCAUCAUCAACUUGUGCCACCCCGACAUCGUCCGAUCUGUCAUCAAUACCUCAGAUGCCAUUACAGACAAGGACAUAGUCUUCUACAAGACCCUGAAGCCCUGGCUGGGGGAUGGGCUCUUGUUAAGUGUUGGUGACAAGUGGAGACACCACCGUCGCUUGCUGACGCCUGCCUUCCAUUUCAACAUCCUGAAGCCCUAUAUAAAGAUUUUCAGCAAGAGUGCAAACAUCAUGCAUGACAAGUGGCAACGCCUGGCCAUGGAGGGCAGCACCUGUCUGGACGUGUUUGAGCACAUCAGCCUUAUGACCCUGGACAGUCUGCAGAAAUGCAUCUUCAGCUUUGAGAGCAAUUGUCAGGAGAAGCCCAGUGAAUAUAUUACUGCGAUCAUGGAGCUCAGUGCCCUUGUAGUGAAACGGAAUAACCAGUUCUUCCGGUACAAGGACUUCCUGUACUUCCUCACUCCCUGUGGACGGCGCUUCCACAGGGCCUGCCGACUGGUGCACGACUUCACAGAUACUGUCAUCCAGGAGCGGCGCCGCACCCUCACUAGCCAGGGUGUUGAUGACUUCCUCCAAGCCAAGGCCAAGUCCAAGACUUUGGACUUUAUUGAUGUGCUCCUGCUGAGCGAGGAUAAAAAUGGGAAAGAGUUGUCAGAUGAGGACAUAAGAGCAGAAGCUGACACUUUCAUGUUUGGAGGCCAUGACACCACGGCCAGUGGCCUCUCCUGGGUCUUGUACAACCUCGCGAGGCACCCAGAAUACCAAGAACGCUGCCGGCAGGAGGUGCAAGAGCUUCUGAAGGACCGUGAGCCUAAAGAGAUUGAAUGGGACGACCUGGCCCAGUUGCCCUUCCUGACCAUGUGCCUGAAGGAGAGCCUGCGGUUGCAUCCCCCAAUCCCUAUAUUCGCCCGCGGCUGCACCCAGGACGUGGUGCUCCCAGACAGCCGAGUCAUCCCCAAAGGGAAUGUCUGUAACAUCAACAUCUUCGCAAUCCAUCACAACCCCUCAGUCUGGCCAGACCCUGAGGUCUAUGACCCCUUCCGCUUCGACCCAGAAAACGCCCAGAAGAGGUCACCUAUGGCUUUUAUUCCUUUCUCGGCGGGGCCCAGGAACUGCAUCGGGCAGAAGUUCGCGAUGGCAGAGAUGAAGGUGGUCCUGGCGCUCACGCUGCUGCGCUUCCGCAUCCUGCCCGACCACAGGGAGCCACGCAGGACGCCGGAGAUUGUUUUGCGUGCGGAGGACGGACUUUGGCUGCGAGUAGAGCCCCUGGGCUGAGGCCUGCAGUGACCCACCCACCUACCUUUGCAUCACCUACCUUUGCACCAACUACCUUUUCAGAUUUCCGGUAAUAAAUCUGUGCUGGCCCCUGUGCCUGAGUCCCGCGGAUGGCCAGUAGGGGGCGCUGGAGGACUGCGGGGAUCUAGGGCCUGGCUGGGAAGAGGCGGCGAGAUGUCUCUGUGCCCAAGAUACUCACUGCCUCUCUGGGUGAGCACAGGAGCACCGUGCUGAGGGUGGGAUCUCCCAGAGUCU